UAAAUAAAUUUAAUGGACUUACACCUCCCCUCCUGGGACAUUUCCUUACAGGGACUCAUGGAUCCAGAAUCUGGGAACAACAAGACAGCUGUUGCUGAGUUCAUUCUAUUGGGCUUGGUACAAAGUGAAAAGCUGCAGUCUGUGGUCUUUGUGCUCUUCCUUUUUGUCUACCUGGUCACAGAUGGGGGCAACCUCAGUAUUCUGACAGCCACCUUGGUGGAACCCAAACUCCACACCCCCAUGUACUUCUUCCUGGGGAAUCUAUCAGUGCUGGAUGUUGGGUGCAUCACCGUCACUGUUCCCUCAAUGUUGGGUCGUCUCUUGUCCCACAAGCGUACAGUUUCCUAUGGAGCCUGCCUCACACAGCUCUUCUUCUUCCACCUCCUGGCUGGAAUGGACUGCUUCCUGUUGACAGCCAUGGCCUAUGACCGAUUCCUGGCCAUCUGCCGGCCCCUCACCUAUAGCACCCGCAUGAACCAGGCAGUCCAGUGGAUAUUGGUGGCUGUGUCCUGGGCCUGUGCCUUCAUCAAUGCACUGACCCACACUAUUGCCCUAACUACUCUCAAAUUCUGUGGUCCUAAUGAGGUCAAUCACUUCUAUUGUGACCUCCCACAGCUCUUCCAGCUCUCCUGCUCCAGCACUCAACUCAAUGAGCUGCUGCUCUUUGCCGCAUGUUUCAUAAUGGCGGGUGUAGCUAUGGUUCUCAUCAUCACCUCCUACAUCCACGUGGCAGCUGUAGUUCUUCAGAUCCAUUCAGUGGAGGGUAGGAAGAAGGCCUUCUCCACGUGUGGCUCCCACCUCACUGUGGUUUGCCUCUUUUACGGGACAGGAGCAAGUGUCUAAAUUGAGCUCACACUCAAGGGAUGGGAUUGUACAAGGACAUGAACUCCAGGAGUAGGAAUCAUCCAGAUCCAUUCUAGAAGCCGACACACCCACAAUCUACAAGCCCGUCAGGUGAAUGGAUAUGAAUGGAAUACGAAUCAGAAGUAGAAAUGAUCAAACUACUGAAAUUCACAACAACAUGAAUAAAUUUAAAAAAUAUUGUGCUCUUUGGAAGAAGUCAGACACAAAUGAUUUCAUCUGUCUGAAAUUCUAGAAAAUGUGAACUAACCUACAGUGAAAGAAACAGCUCUGUGGCUGCCUGGGUCCUGAGGUGGAAGGAAGGAUAUUAACAAAGGACCAGGAAACUUACCAGUGAGGAAAAUGUUCUGCAUUUUGAUUGUGGUGGAAGGUACACUAGUAUAUACAUCUGCCAAAACUCAUCAAAUUGUGUUCUGU